GGGAGCCCGCCCGUCACGGCGGUUGCCAUGCGGACGCCCCGGCCGCGGCGACGCCCCGAAGGAGGAGCGGGGUCACCAUGGGGGAGGGCGGGGCGAGGCUGGGGGGGCGCGGGGCACCGGGCGGUACCGGCACCGCCACCGGGACCCGCAUCGGCACCGAUGCACGGCGCAGAGGAGGCGGCGGAGGGGCCGCGGGUGAGCGCGGCGAGCACACAGACCGACAGCAUGACCGGUCAAAUGCCAAGACUUUCUAAAGUCAAUCUUUUUACUUUGUUCAGCCUCUGGAUGGAGCUCUUUCCUUCCACUGAGCAACAGAAGAAAUCGCAGGUGAAGAAGAGUGGCCUAGUUGUGGUAAAAAACAUGAAGAUUGUUGGUCUUCAUUGUUCCAGUACAGACUUGCAUGCUGGCCAGAUUGCACUCAUAAAACAUGGAUCAAGACUUAAAAACUGUGAUCUUUAUUUCUCCAGAAAACCGUGUUCAACUUGUUUAAAAAUGAUUGUAAACGCUGGGGUGAACAGGAUUUCUUACUGGCCUGCAGAUCCUGAAAUCAGCUUGCAGAAUGAGGCGUCCAAUCCCAUGCCUACAGAUGAUGCAAAGCUAGAUGCCAAAGCAGUAGAAAGACUGAAGUCAAAUAGCCGUGCUCGUGUGUGCGUGCUGCUUCAGCCCUUGGGGUGCUCCAUGGUGCAAUUUGUUGAAGAAACUUCCACUGAGUUUGAUUUUAUUCAAAAAAUAGUAAAAUCUCAGCCUGACUCUGAUACUGACUUUUACACUGCAUGUAGACAAGAGAGAAUAAAAGAGUAUGAAAGUUUAUUCCUAAUUUCAAAUGAGGAAAUGCACAAGAAAAUAUUGAUGACAAUAGGACUGGAGAACCUCUGUGAAAAUCCGUACUUCAGCAACCUGAGGCAAAAUAUGAAAGAUCUUGUCUUGGUCUUGGCAACAGUGGCUGCCAGUGUCCCUGUGUUUGGAUGCUUUGGAUUUUACAACAGUGAAUCACAACGAACAAAUGAAACAGACCAUCAGAGUUUGCCCCAAGAAGUUGCAAGGCACUGUAUGAUACAAGCCAGACUACUCGCAUACCGGACAGAGGACCAUAAAACAGGAGUUGGAGCUAUUAUUUGGGCAGAAGAAAAAUCAAGAAGCUGUGAUGGAACAGGAGCAAUGUAUUUUGUAGGCUGUGGUUACAAUGCCUUUCCUGUUGGAUCUGAAUAUGCUGAUUUUCCACACAUGGAUGAUAAACAAAAAGAUCGGGAAAUCAGAAAGUUCAGAUACAUUAUACAUGCGGAGCAGAAUGCCUUAACAUUCAGGUGUCGGGAAAUAAAGCCAGAUGAGAGAAGCAUGAUAUUUGUGACAAAAUGUCCAUGUGAUGAAUGCGUCCCUUUAAUCAAAGGCGCUGGUAUCAAGCAGAUCUAUGCAGGAGAUGUUGAUGCUGGAAAAAAGAAAGCAGACAUAUCCUAUAUGAAGUUUGGUGAAGUCGAGGGUGUAAGCAAAUUUACAUGGCAACUAAAUCCACUGCACACCAAUGCCAUUGAAUUCCAUGACCCCACAGCCAGGGAAAAUGGGGUCCAGAAAACGAAAUCACUAGAUGACCAGCAGCACCAAAGCAAGAAACUGUGUCUUGGUCACUAUUGAAUAAUUAAGCACUUCUGCAGUCUCGCUCUGUGUUUUUUAUAAUGCAGCCUGUUUGCACUUUCAAAUAAGAAAGAGUUUUAUUUAUUGUUUGGAAAAUGAUUUCUAGAAUAAGUUUAUUUAUGAUGUCUUUCAUAUUUUAUGGAAUUACCUGAAGGUAUUUUUAAUUUAGAAGUUGUUCUUGGCAAAAAAACGCUGCUUGUAUUUUCUGUGAAAGUAACUGGGUGGCUGAUCAGUGUUAACACAUUAAAAAAAAAAAGGACUGAAAGUUUAUUGCUGGCAGAUCACAGUAAUAAUAAAAUGGUACCUUUUCGCUUGGUGCGUGGAUUGAGGGAAUGGAUUUCUAAGUUCUGGGCUAGCAGAAUGCAGAAAUAAGCCCUAGUUUUACAAGUACAAUUGUCAAGGGAACCUUGUAGGAAAUGGUGGAUAAAUAAUCAUUAGCAGUUAUUCCUGUUCCUGAAAGCGGCUUUUACUUCUCAGUUUGCUUGUAUAAAGGAGAUGAAGCCAUGGGGAUGGCCAUUGUUUCUAAGUAAGUGGUUUAAAGAUCAAGCUUCUGUCUCAUACACACUGUUCCAACUACCAUAGCAGCAGAGCUAUUUUGGUUUGUGGUACCUGCAUUGCUGCCCUGUACGCUUCCUCAAGUGCAGCCCAUCUUAAUUGAUGCAGGCAAAGAUUAGCUCUGCUUUUCUCAGCUUCUGGAUGCAGGCCUGAAAGAAUUUGGCUGUGUGCAUCUCACUGGCCCCUACAUACCAUGUGAAGAUUUGGAGUGCUUAGGUUUUGUUAAUCUUCACUAACAGGCUUGUAGGACUACAAAAGCUAAUAAAGCACCCGAUGUCCUGUUAUUUCUUACAGAGGAUGAUCUGUACCAGUGGAAUUGCCCGAAUCUUUUCAGGUGCCAGUCUCUUGGAUGACACUUGGUGACCUGUGGAGCAAGGGUGACAUUAAAAUAGCCAGUGAAACUGCAUUCUAAUGCUGUUGCCACUUCUGAGGGGGUGCUGGGUGGGUAACCAGAGCAGACAGUUGUACCCAGCAUCUUUUGAGAGUUCUCUCUCCUUACUCCCAUCUGUUUUGCAUAUGCUGCCUUGAAUAUGACCUCUAGCUGUUUGUUUUAGCAGAUGUUCCAAGACUUUCUGUUCACUCCUGUGCUGAGCCCUCAAGUGCAAACACCUUAAGCCUUUUUCUGCUGUUGCUGCUGGUAGAAUGUAUAAAUGGCCUUUUCCCAGUUCUUUCGUGCAUGGUGCUCUCCUUAAAGUCCAGGAAAGGGAAUAAUAUUUUAAGAUGCUGCUGAAGGUUCUAUUUGUUUCUUUUAGGCUUUGGAAAAGGUUGGAACUAGAUAGGAAAGCUGUGAUCAGAUAGUGUGCAAAGCAUCCAUAGUGUUGCAUUAGUUACUUGGAGUCUGUUCUCACCCAGUUUGGCUACUGGUCCUGUAAUUUAAUGUACAGUUCUUGAUGCUUGGAGCUGCAGCAAGGAGCUGUGAUUCCCUAAGGCUCAUGGUCUAGCUUCAUUCUUGAGUACCUGGGCCUUAGAACUGGGGAAUGCUUAUAUCCUCUUAGCACCAUGAGGAUUCACUCUCACUGGAGCUGGAGAAGCUUCUGUUUGUCUGAACCUAGUUAGAUUGAAGGCUACUCUGGAGCUUCUGGUUGAGUGUGGUACAUGCAGGUAACAGCAGAAAUCUCAUCAGGGAACUGGCUGACCUCCUGCACCGCUGCUGUCUUGCUAAGGAGGGUGCAUAUCGCUUCAUUUCCCAGGACCAGGGAGAGAGUGGAGGAGAAAAAUCUGACCCUGCUGGUCAACUAAGGGAAGGAUGGUGAAAUGUAUUUUUACAUCACACCUCAAAAGAGUGCUUUUUCACAGUAGCUCAUGAAGAAAUUGCUGAACCGUCACUUCACCAGGUCUUGUAAUCUAAUGUGGAGGAACCCAGGCCCUGAAUCUAGGACCAGUAGAUCCAGCUGCAAGAGCUCCAUGCCUUACCUGUCAGAUUCAGAUUUCAGGGCCUGGGGAUUAAGUUAUUGGUUUGGAUGCUGUACAAACCUCAGAAGAACAGUUUUUUCCUCUCAUCAAGGAUUAUAUAGUUUCAUUGUUUGUAACUUCCAUAUGAGAUUAAAGUCAAAUGUUGGUGUUUCAUAAGCAAGAUUAUAAUCUAUUUUUAAAUCAUAAAUAUUUUAUUUUGGCAUAUUUCCUCCCCACUUCUUCUAAGCAUCUUGUGUUAGAAUAAUUACUCUUGGCUUUUUCUAUAGAUCAGAAGAACACUGUCCAGAUUAGAGUAAAAAGUCUGCCCCAAUCCACCCACUGAAACCUUCUUGUUUCCAAAAUCUGUUGGCAAUGCUCUUCUACUUGAGGUAGAAACAGGGAAAAAAACAGGGGCAGGUUUAAGACUCCUUCAAAUUUUAUACUGCUCCAUCAGCUGGCAUCAGAACUGGUAAAGAAAGAAGUCUGUGUUUUUAUAGGGACAGCUGAAAAUGGAAACUCCCUGAAACAUCACAAGCAGCCUAGGUACAUGGAUAAGCAAAUCGAGAUACAAGUCAAAUAUCACGCACAUUAAAUAACUACACUGCAGUGAGUGCUGCUGGAAGCUGGACUUCACAAGGAGUGAAGAUUCAACCUUUACUUUUUAUUGUUUUUUAAAAAGAGGGGGUUUUGUACAAAAUAUUCUGUGAAACUCAGAAUUGCUUGAACAGCUGAAGGCUUGCAAGUCUGGCUUUAUUUCUGUCUUGCUACAUUUCUGCAGAUUCCUCCAGGGACUCUCAAGUUUCUCUAGGCUCUGAUGAUCAGUAUAACCCUACUUUAAUUCUUACUGGGGUUACACAGUAGGGUCCUUAUCCUGGCCAACAGGAACAAUGUGAGUGGGGUUUCUCUCUCAGCCUCUGGACUCUGUAGGUGCUGCUGUGCCUGUCUGCUUGCCAGGGAGAGCCACGGAAGAUGGGACAUCUCCUGCAGUGCUUAUGUUGCAAAUGAACUCUUAAGAUGUUUGUUUCUUACAUUAAAACUACAAUGCAUUUAAAAUCAAGAAAUGUAAAAGUUAUAUAUUUUAUAUAUUGUAUGAAAUUCCCAUAUGCAUUUUGGGUCUAUUCCAUUCGUUUCAGAGCAGUCAUUUUAAUUGUAGGUAUUAACUAUCGGUAAUAAUUUGGCCUCUUGACAGAACAAAAAUUUGCUGUUAAUUGUCUGCCUUACAGCAAAAUAUGUUUUCUGCUAAUAAAUUAUUAAUCUGA